AUGACAGAGCUGUCCCUAAUGUCCAAUACCACCUUCCCCUGCCCAGCUUCCUUCCUGCUAACAGGCAUCCCAGGGCUGGGCACCAUGCAUGCCUGGCUCUCCUUGCCCUUUGGCUCCAUGUACCUCCUAGCUCUGCUCGGCAAUGCAGCUCUGCUGGCUGUGGUGAAGGCAGAUACUACUCUGCAUCAGCCCAUGUUUCUCCUCCUGGCCACUCUGGCUGCCACUGACCUGGGCCUGGCCUCCUCUGCGGCCCCAGGGCUGCUAGCCAUCCUGUGGCUUGGGCCCCGGCCCAUCCCCUAUGCUGCUUGCCUGGCCCAAAUGUUCUUUGUCCAUGCCCUGACUGCCAUGGAAUCAGGUGUCUUACUAGCCAUGGCCUGUGACCGUGCGGUGGCCGUGGGGAACCCACUACGCUAUCCAACCCUGGUCACAAGUACCCGUGUGGGUUGGGUAGCUGCGGCAUUAGGGUUGCGGGCUGUGGCCAUUGUGGUGCCCUUCCCAUUGCUGGUGGCCCGAUUCAAGCAUUUCCGGAUGAGGGCCGUGGCCCAUGCUUACUGUGAACAUAUGGCAGUGGUAGAACUGGUAGCUGGCAAUACAAGGGCCAACAACCUGUAUGGGCUGGCACUAUCUCUGGCAGUAUCGGGUGUAGAUGUAAUGGGCAUUGCAGGCUCUUACAUUCUCAUUGCUCACACUGUGCUGAGGCUGCCCACCCACGAGGCCCGGGCCAAGGCUUUUGGUACCUGCAGCUCUCACAUCUGUGUCAUCCUGGCCUUCUACGUGCCCGGCCUCUUCUCCUACCUCACACACAGAUUCGGCCGCAGAACCGUCCCCCUCCCAGUGCACAUUCUACUCUCAAACAUCUACUUGCUGCUGCCCCCAUCCCUCAACCCACUCAUCUACGGUGCCCGCACCAAACAGAUCCGGGAGAGGCUCUUCUCAUUCUUCACACCCUGGAAGGGUCAGCUUUGA